CAUCCGGUUCCUCAGUGUCAUAUGACCAGCUCUCUGCUGACACUUCUGUUCCUCUAGUUAGCACAGCACACCUUUCAACGUUAGCUUUCUCAGGUUUGCUGUCUCAAUCCGACCAUGGCAACAUUGGUGGCAAACAGGGCGAUGGAUGUCAAUGGAAUGGCUGCAGCUGCAAGGACACACACCCAGGCUGUGACCAGAAAUUACAUCUCUCAACCCAGGCUGACCUACUCUACGGUGUCAGGUGUUAAUGGACCCCUUGUGAUCCUGGAUAAUGUCAAGUUCCCCAGGUACGCUGAGAUUGUUCACCUGACCCUGCCAGAUGGCACCAAGAGGAGCGGGCAAGUCCUGGAGGUGAUUGGAAGCAAGGCAGUCGUUCAGGUGUUUGAGGGAACUUCAGGUAUCGACGCUAAGAAGACAGCCUGCGAGUUCACUGGUGAUAUCCUGCGUACCCCAGUGUCAGAGGACAUGCUGGGGCGUGUGUUCAACGGCUCAGGCAAACCAAUCGACCGUGGACCCAGUGUGCUGGCUGAGGACUACCUGGACAUCAUGGGUCAGCCCAUCAAUCCUCAGUGCCGUAUCUACCCCGAGGAGAUGAUCCAGACUGGCAUCUCAGCCAUCGAUGGCAUGAACAGCAUUGCCAGAGGACAGAAGAUCCCCAUUUUCUCUGCUGCUGGUCUUCCCCACAAUGAGAUUGCUGCCCAGAUCUGUCGCCAGGCUGGCCUGGUGCAGAAGUCCAAGGAUGUGAUGGACUACAGUGCUGAGAACUUUGCCAUUGUCUUCGCAGCCAUGGGAGUCAACAUGGAAACUGCUCGCUUCUUCAAGUCUGACUUUGAAGAGAACGGCUCAAUGGACAACGUCUGCCUCUUCCUGAACCUGGCCAAUGACCCCACCAUCGAGCGUAUCAUCACCCCCCGCCUGGCGCUGACCUCAGCAGAGUAUCUGGCCUACCAGUGUGAGAAGCACGUCCUGGUCAUCCUGACUGACAUGAGCUCCUACGCUGAGGCUCUGCGAGAGGUGUCUGCUGCCCGAGAGGAGGUGCCCGGACGUCGAGGCUUCCCUGGUUACAUGUACACUGAUCUGGCCACCAUCUAUGAACGUGCUGGCCGAGUGGAGGGCAGAAACGGCUCCAUCACCCAGAUCCCCAUCCUCACCAUGCCCAAUGAUGACAUCACCCAUCCAAUUCCUGAUCUGACUGGAUACAUCACAGAGGGCCAGGUCUAUGUGGACAGACAGCUUCACAACAGACAGAUCUAUCCACCCAUCAAUGUGUUGCCUUCACUGUCCCGUCUAAUGAAAUCAGCCAUCGGGGAGGGAAUGACCAGGAAGGACCAUGCUGAUGUAUCUAACCAGCUGUAUGCCUGCUAUGCCAUUGGUAAAGACGUCCAGGCUAUGAAGGCUGUCGUGGGGGAGGAGGCGCUCACCUCUGAUGAUCUGCUCUACCUUGAGUUCCUUCAGAAGUUUGAGAAGAAUUUUAUUGCUCAGGGCCCGUAUGACAACAGGACAGUGUACGAAACUCUGGACAUCGGCUGGCAGCUGCUGCGAAUCUUCCCCAAGGAGAUGCUCAAGAGGAUUCCUCAGAGCACCCUGGCCGAGUUUUACCCCAGGGAGUCUGGUGCUCGUCACUGAGGCACACUGAGGGAUGCUCUUGUUCCGACCCCACACACCUCUCUACCUUUCAUCCUCCUUUACCUUCGAUUCCUUUCUCUCAUCUCACCCAACAGCCCUGCACCUCUGACGGCUCGAAGGCCAAUGUUUGAGUCUUCACCAAUCCCUGCUUCACCUCUUCUCUCCACUUUUUUACCUCUAGGUCAUCUUCUUCUCAUGAAACAACCCAACCCCCCCCACCCCUCCCUUAAUGAGAACAGGGCAAUGAUCUCCCCCCUCUGUAGAUGUACUGUAGCGUAUCUGUGUCCAGAAGUUGUGUACGGAAAGUGUUUGUGGUUGUAUUGUCUACCCUUGAUUGCAAAAAUGUUGACAUAUCCUUAAAUUUAUAGAUGAGUCCUUAUUUAUUGGGGAGUAUUUCUGCUGGAUCCCCCUCUCCUUUUUUUUUUUUUUUUUUUAACUUUUUUUCUUCUUUUAAAUAAAUGCUUUAUGAUAUCCAUAUCUCUCUGAAAACAAAAGGUUACCAGCUGAUGAAUGAUCGUACGUGUAGGGGAGUGGUAAAAUAUCAAUUGGUGGUGUUUCCCAAGUUGGGUUUGUCAGAAAUAUUAAUUCAACCUGAUUGUCAUUUUUUAAGCUGAAACGUUGAACGAAUAUUUACCGAACAACAGAAACUUGCAGCUUCACAGAAUAAACAUCUUAAACAUUAACAUCGUUAUAUACCCGAGGUUGAUUUGAUGGUCAACUCUUUAUAUAAUGUGGCCCUCUCCCUACGAAGAGUUUAAUAAUAGGAAACUGCUGUAUAAUUUUCCUGCUCCGAUUCUUCUCAUGUUUUCGUUAACAAAAUGCUGAGGAAAGCAUCUGUCUCAAACAAACUCAAUUUGGGGAAAAAGCAUUUUUUUUUUCCAUCCCUUUUUUGGCCCCUCUUGCUUCCUCUCUACAGUUGAUGUUUACAUGAUUUGUGUUUUGCUGUUGGAUUUGUGUUGCAAAGGCAAAUAUGAAUAUUUUAAAACAUUCCCGUCUGUCUGCAGAAAAAAAAGUUGUGCAACAAUAAUGGUUUUGUGAGUAUGUGUCCUUGAAUAAAUUAAAUUAUAUGCUAAAAAUGA